GUUGUGCUUGCCUCUGUUUUGCCUCUUGGUCGGUGGCUGGAGGCGCUAUAGGUGCGCCUGCUUGCCCUCCCGCAGGCCCUUUGCCUGUUGACCCAUUGGCCUCACCGCGGGAUGGCGGCAGCCACGGAUCCAGCCAUGGACAGGACACGUGAGCGCAGGAAGAGGGAAGGCCAGGCAGGCGGAGAGUCACUGUCUGUGAGUUGAGGGCGCGUGGGCAUCCAUCCACGUGUGGAGGGUUGUGUUGCAUGGUGCGUGUGUGGUGGUUGUGUUGUGAUGGAUAGGUGUGACUCAGACGUGGCUGCCGCUGCUGGGCGUGUGUGUGUCGUCGGCUGAUGGCGCGAGCACCUCUGUGAUGCGGGAGUUCAAGCACGGCUGGAAACAGGUGCGCAAGGACAGGGUGUGAGAGAGAUCUGUCUGUGCUCAUGGGUCUGUCUGUGUGCUGCACGAGCCUCCUGGUGUGGUGUGUCUGUGGUGUGAUUGUGUGUCAUUCAUGUGUCAGGGCCGUGUGGGUCUGUCUUCGCGUACCGGUUGUUACAGCAUCUUCUACGGUGACGACGACGUCGAGAUCGUCACACCGCAGCAACUCCUGGCCAUCAUCCUACACUCAUGCCGAAAGGGCAAAGCAGGUGAACACCAGCAGAGAGAGAGGUAGACAGAAGGAGAGAGAGGCGACCAAACCCUUACUGCUCCCCUUCUGCUGCAGCGGCAGAGCAGUAUCUGUGGCCGCAGCCCCACGACGUCCCCCAGGCCGUUCCGCCCCCCUACCGCCACCACUUCGCCAACCCGCCCAUAGACCCGCCACACACCAACUUCUCACGCGUCCCCCCCUCACAACGAGCUGCAGAGAACGCCACCGUCCUGGCACAGGGACUGCACGACGGCCGUGCCGGUGUCACAUGGGACAUGCGCGAUAGGUGCUUCAGGGUGGUGUUUGAGGCGGGGGCGGGCACGGCUGUGCGGGGGGUCAAGGAGUUUGAGGUGGAUCGCUGUGGUGGGGUGGAGGCGGCCUUCUACGCCGCCAGGAUCUUCGCCGGCAAGGUGGCGGCCGUCCCUGCUGCUGCUGCUGCUGCCGCUGCUGGGGUCAGAGUGGAUCGUGAGAAGCUCAUCGACUUCGACGAAAACACGGGUGCCAAAGACGGCCAGACAGACGAAGAAACACGCAGAGCUCACGGUGGUGCUGACACGUCUCUGUGUGUGUGUGUGUGUGUGUGUGUGUGGUCACAGCUCAAUACCAGCCCUGCCAGUGUGACGACCAAGGGAAGCCCAUCGGUGCCGCCGACGAGCACCGGCACCCUUCCACCAGCAGCCACAACGACAUCAGCAAGGACGACGAGGAGGCGCAUCUGACGCGGGAGGCCGAGCAGAUGCCGCGGAUAGUGGACAUCUCCUGGCGCAUUUGCAAGGGGCAGCACGUGUGGUACGCCGAGCACGGCACCCACUGCCGCAUGUUCCUCCCUGACAAGUGCGGCGGGGUGGAGGCGGCCUUCCGCGAGGCACUCGACUGGAAGACCGCACAGGCCAGCGCCGAGGUAGCGAGGCGCAAGGAGGAGGCCGCCAUCCUGCCCACCGCCACAAAACCAAAACUUCCCGACGAGAUAAAAUACGUCGACGGUGAGCGAUUGACUGAGUGCGGAGACGCCCACACCUCUGAUGGCCAGUCUGUCCUGUCUUGUGUGUGGAUGGUGUGUGUGCCUCCACACAGAGUCGAGUCACCUCCAGUUCCCCGAGCCCGACGCAGCCAUGGCCGUCGACACGCCGCCCGUCGACAAGGAGGAGGAGGAGGAUGAAGAAGAGGAUGCAGGUGACGGUGAUGGGGACCACGACAACCAUGACAACCACGAUGCCGAUCCCGAUUGGGAUGUAGGCAUUAGAGUGCGCAGCAAGUCACAGCAGAGCGGCAGGAAAUCAGGAGGGGGUAGCACUGGCGGGGGUGGCGGUGGCGGCGGAAGUGGUGGUGGUGGUCAUGGGGGCGGCGGGUCGAGUCGCAAGAGCGGGCGCAAGACGGCCGUUGCGGACGGAUACCUGACGCGGAAGCCUGGGGUGUUGAUGUACAAGUUUGAGGCGGUGGUGGGCGGGCAGAGGAUCGUCAGAAACAUCGCAUGCCUCGGCAGUGAGUGAGAGACAGACAACCAAAGAGACAAGAGAGCCGAGGGAGGAGACAAAGAAAGUUGCAUCUCUCUCUCAUGGGGUGUGUGUGUGUGUGUAGGUUUGACGUGGUACAACUUGUAUCGGGCGCUCGUCAUGUCGCUGGAGCACGAAGUCGAGGUACCGUACCCGCCAAACCACACCAGCCACAGCACACCACACCCGUCAUGUUGUCGACACGUCAAUCAUAUCAUGUGUGUGUAUGUGGGCCUGCCUUGUCUUGUCAGUAUUGGGUGAACGAGUCAACCGUCCCGCAUCAGUGGGAGCUGCCCGACGGCACCAUCCUCCCACACACAGACUUCGACUACAAAAACCAAAGCGGAUCGAAAUGCCCCAGACCUGACUUCGACAAGGUAACCACACACACGACAGCACAGCACAGCACACCGAGAGAGCUCUCUCUCUCUCUCUGUGUGUGUGUGUGUGUGUGCAGAGUCCGUCGUGGAUCGGCACGCGCUUCCGUCUGGUGUACGGUGCGAUGGCGUUCGACGUCAGUGUGGAGGACGUCAUAGUCUACGAGCAGCGCAUGGAGGACUGCGGCGCUGGCAUGCUCAACCUUCACAAAUGGGUUAGCGACGCGACACAGACACACAGACAGACAGACAGACAGACGCCUCGGUGCAUGGGCGUGUGUGUUUGUGUGUGUGUGUUGUGCAGUUUCCUCGUUUGGUAGCUGAGGGCAGUGUGGGGGUGGCCCCUGUGCGUGGGGACGUCAUGGACGAGGAGAGACUCGCCAUGUCCCACAACAGCGGCGGCAACUUACCACUGGACGUGCAGCGAAUCAACAGGUAGACAUGGAGGCGACCGACACAGGCAGGCAAUCUGUCUGUUUGUUGUGUGGUGUGCCUGUCCUGUUUUUAUGGUAUGGUGCCACCGACCAGGACGAUCCAGGCCCACUGGUGGAAUAGCAACCUCUCCGCCAACCUGAAGCGCGGCAGAGCCCGCGACCUGCCCACUCUGCCUCGCACCACACAAGUAAGUACACACACACAGACACACAGACAUGCACAAGCUCACUCACUGUCUCUCUCUCUGUCUCUCUACAUGGAUGCGAUGCAGAGCCUCUCGAAGAAGGCCCGCGACCGCCUUGUCCGUUCCCUCUACCUGCUGCCGCCCAGCGACUUCAUCACCCAACUCGCACAGCUCGCCUCUUCACGCGCACCCCCCCGGAAACCCGACACACUCAACCGCCCCCUCCCGGCCCUCGACGAGGCGGCUGCUGGUGGGGGUGGUGGUGGCGAGGAGGAGCACGGUGGCGUGAUGGGCAGCAGCAGCAGCGUGAAGCGUGGGCGGGGUGAGGCGGGUGUUAACGAGGGGGAUGGGGAUGGGGAGAGGGAGAAGGAGAGGGCCGUGAGGCACAAGCCCGACGACGCCACGCCGUGUGCAAGUAAGCAAGCCAGCGAUUGAUUCCAGGGCCGACAGUGCGGUGGUGUGUAUCUAUGGGAUGUAUGGGUCCCUGGUGGGGUCGGGUGCGGUGCAGGUGAGCUGACGACGCCCACGUUGCUGGAGAAGGCCGUCGGUGCAGAAGUAGCCAAGACUGCUGCCGGCGAUGGACAGAAGAAGAGUACGCCACGGCACACACACAUCCACAAACGAUGCAGCAACUCUCGCAAAUACUCUUCCUGUGUGUUGCGUAUUGCCCCAGAUUCGGCCGGUGACGCGUUGGUGCGACCCAUGGCCAUCGCACAGCAGGAUGGUCGCGCACAGCUCAAGACCGCAUAGAUACCCACACACAGAUAGAUAGGAAAGGUGGAUCGCGUAGCUUGCCCAGCCCAGCCUGGCCAGCCGGAGUUGGCUUGGCUUUGCAGGGAGGGAGUGGAGGGGAGGGGAGGUGUGUUGAUAGGAUAGCUGUGAUGGAGGGAUGAGAUGAUCCGAUGACCGAGUUGCUGAUAUGUGUGUGCACACGAACGGUUGCGUGGAUGGCCGAUCCACGUGUGUGUAUGUGCAUGUAUGUGUGUAGGGAGUCUAGGGAGGAGAGAAGAACGACAGGGGGGCGGGGCUGGGCUGGUGUGUGUGUGUAGGGGCAGGAAAGGUCUGUACAGACAGAGAUUGGCUGGCAAUGACUCGCUGCCGAGCUGCAGAAUGGACAGAACUGAUGGGGGUUCUAGAAAGGGCACCCACGGCUGUGCUGCCUGCCUGCCUGCCGAUUAGUGCUGUUGCUUGGUGCGGUGCAUGCCUGCAUCCAUGAGUUAUGAUGUAUGUGUUGGAUGGGUUGAGACCAUCGCACUAAACAGCAUCCAUCCA